CCUCAGCUGUCUGUUAACAUUCCCAUUACAUUUGUAAACAGUAAAUAACAUUGUUAUGAAUGGCAGAGUGAUUGAUUUCAGAGAUCAGAGCUGUUUAAAACAACUUCAUCUAAUUCAUUUUAGUAACAGUCCAGAUAUUUCUCAUCUCAUUGACAUUUGUACAGAUGAGCAAACCACUGCAAUUUGCCAAUGAUUAUCCAUCCAUCCAUCCAUUUUCUAUACCGCUUGUCCUACAGGGUCACGGUGAACCUGGAGCCUAUCCCAGGGAACAUGGGGCACUAGGCGGGGUACACACUGGAUAGGGUGCCAAUUCAUCACAGGGCACAAUCACACACCCAUUCAUACACUACAGACACUUAGACAUGCCAAUCAGUCUACCAUGCAUGUCUUUGGACUGGGGGAGGAAACCGGAGUACCCGGAGGAAACCCCCGCAGCACGGGGAGAACAUGCAAACUCCGCACACACAGGAAGCAGUGGGAAUCGAACCCCCAACCCUGGAGGUGUGAUGCGUACGCGCUAUCCACUAAGCCACCGUGCGCCUUUAAUAGUUAUCUUUUCAUAGUUCCCUUUAAUGUUAACAAGUUCCUGUUAUCUCUUACAUUAUAGCAGUUGUUAAUAAGACCACAAAAAGAGCUUGUGAUGUUAGUGAGAAACAGCAAGGCAAAUUGAAGGCACACCGUGUUUUUGUUAUUGUUUUUUGCCAAAAGGGUGCUUAGGGCGUCUAUGUGACAAUAAACGAGUGCAUCAGGACACCACAAAAAAAAGGGCUUGUGAAUGGGAGGUUUUUACUUUCCUGCAGGUGCGAGUGCAAUAUUCUGUAAAUAUUUAGAACUAGAUAUGGAUAUAGCAGUGUAUUUGCAUUACACCUCUAGCAUUUUGUAAUGCCUGUGUAGUUACACAUAGUCUGUCCACACAACCUCGUUGCAACUGGAGAGGGGUUAAUUUAGUGUUAUAGAGCAGUACGUCUUAGAUUACACAACAUUCACAAAUUGAUACACCUGCGUAUUUACAUUAAGAUGUAUGUCAUACAUUGUCAGUAAUUGCAUUAUAGUUGUGUCUGAAGUUUAGGUGUAAUUACACAGGUAUUAUAGACACACUGUAUAACGAAAAUGAGAUGAAGGCUCAGAGUGUCUGGCUCGGUGAGUCUUUUCAGAAUAGGCCGUGGCACAUUUGUAUGAGCUCACUGCCGAUCACAGAGCAGAAAGCUUUGCACCAUGCUUUUGGAUGUGUGUGUUUACUUGUUCAGUCAUCCCAUUGGCUUGAAGUCACAAAGUAGCAUAAUGUGUGGCACUAAUAUGCAAUGAAAUAUUCUAUAAUAUAAACUCAUACGAGAAGUGAAGUGGGUGAUUCAUGAAGGAGUGGUCUAAAAUUGACAAGAGGAUGUUGACUACAAACCGUGCUGACGUUUUUUCAUGUUGUUCCCUUUUUUUUUUCCUUUCCCAAUGACAGUGUGUGCAUUUGUUAAAAUGUGUUAGAUAAUACAUUGCAAAGGUGUCCAUUGUUAGGAGUGAAGUACAGGUCCCUGAGGUAGAGUGGGAGUGUGUGUAUAUGUGUGGGUUAAGGAAGGAGGGGGUGUUUACUUAGAAUUACAGUUUUUACAGGGUUUACACCUUGGUUUAUUGUUAGGUUUACGGUUAGAGAGGGUUUAUGCUCAGGUAUUGGAUUAGGCAAUUUCAGGUUGUGUACAGACAUGAGCUACCCAUAGGAAGGAAGAUUUUUGCUGCCUGUCUUACUACAUAUGUGCCUUUGCAAGGUAGUACAUGUGCAAGCUGCUACUUGUCAUUGUGUGUGUGUGUAUGUGCAUGUAAUGCAUGGAUCCUUAAAUUUAUAGAUGCAGCUUUAGCUGUUUAAGUAGCAUUCAAACUUGUACUGGUGUUUAUAAUUACGAUUACAUACAUUUAUACAUACAUUUAUUCAUUUAGCAGACUCUUUUAUCCAAAGCGACUUACAAAUGAGAAAAUAUUUUUUACAUGAUUUUACAAAUGAUCACAUUUUCAGAAUGAUUUUUUUUUUUUAAAUUUGCGCAAGGUUGUGGAUUCAGAUUGCAGAACGAAUAGGGUUUAUAGUUGUUUAUCUUGGUUUAACUUAAUGAGCGUCUCAGCUAGUAAGGUCUACAAGGCUCCACAAGCUUGUUGGAUACAAAGAAGGCUCAGUCAAUCAGUUCAAAUGAAUUAAAAAUAAAUCCCUGAAAAAUAAUUUCCAGAACAAUGCAAACUAAUAAUGUCAUGCAAAUUAUAUCUAAUUAAAAACCUGAUAACUAGCCAACUUUGCAGUAAUAGAUCCUUUGAAAUAAUUUGAAAUCUGUAGCUGUGUCCCUCUCCCUCUUAAACUCAUUAAUAACAAAAGCUUGUGUUUAAUAGACUGAUCUGUGGACAGUGGGGAAACAUCAAAGAAAGCAGCCAAGUUUUACUUGAGCAAAGUUCAGUAAAGUGUCAGGACAAAAGCAUACCACAAAACAAAAGCUUGCAAACAAACCAUCAUUACGUCUACCCUCCACCCCAAAUCCUUAACUCUUCUUUUAGAAAGCUCAGUGACCGCAAUGACCUACUCAUGCCCACACACGAGUCAUAGUGGUCAAAAAUUCUCCUUGUGAGACGCCAGGGAAUUUCACACUAGUCGGUAGGAAAACAAGUCCUUUUGACGAAACUACUACAUAACAUUCAAAAUGAUCUGCUCCUUCCAAGCAACUCUCAGAAGUCCAUUGUAACAGAAUAAAAUUUGUUAAAUGAAUAUUAGACUAAACAUUAUAGCCAUGAAAACCAGUUUCCACAUAAGAUGAUGAGAGUGAAGGGGACAGAGGGUGGGCAAAAAAAGCAUUUGAGGUGAUAACCCAUAUUAUCCCAUCCCUUCCCCCACACACUUUCAACCUACAAGACAAAAUGAUCCUCAGGCUGUUUCACUCAGAGAGAGCAGAGAGAGAGAGGUGGGGCAGGAAACAGUCGUUCUGAAGAGAAGUAGUGUAUUGCUUUUUCGUACACUCAGGGAGUAAUGCUGAGACACUGCAUUGGAUACGUGCUGCGGGAGCGCAGCGUGUUGUAGUCCGCAGGUGAUUUCAGACUGUGUUUGCUUAAACAGGACCAGCUGUGUGAUUCCACAAAACAAAAGGGACUAUUUGAAGUGUUGGAAUAUUUCAAAACACACUAAGGAGUAACAGCUACUGGAUCACUUUGGAUAUACUAUAGUCAGUGAUUUUGGAUCAAUUUAAUGUUUUGUCUUCAGGAAGAGAUAUUUCACUUGACUUUGUUUUACCAUUGUUGACUUGUGGACCUGAGUGUUUCUCAUGGACUAAGUGAACUGUUAUAGAAAAGCUGUCUGAUCUGGAGAUUCUGAGGAUGCACAACAUCACCUUACAGAUGGAUUAUACAACUCCCCAGUGGGACAGCUCCCGCUCCAGCAACUGGAAUAUUUCUAACAGCUUGGACCAGAAUAAUCAAGUGUGCGCCAAGAAUGACGGAUUCAAGUAUCCACUCUACAGCACAGUGUUCAGCAUUGUCUUUGUGGUGGGACUCAUUAUGAAUGUAAUAGCCAUGUAUAUCUUUUCCUGCACGCUGAAAGUCCGCAAUGAAACCACCACCUAUAUGAUGAACCUGGUGGUGUCAGACCUGCUGUUUGUUCUCACACUACCACUGCGGGUCUUUUAUUUCAUCCGACAGGACUGGCCAUUCGGUGGAUUGCUGUGCAAGUUGUCAGUCUCCCUGUUUUACACAAAUAUGUAUGGCAGCAUCCUUUUCCUCACCUGCAUCAGUGUGGACCGGUUCCUGGCCAUCGUUUACCCUCUCCGUUCGCGGGAACUUCGGACCAAGCGCAAUGCUAAGAUAGUAUGCGUAGCAGUAUGGGUGCUGGUGCUCUCAGGUAGUCUACCAACAGGCUUCUUGCUGGACUCUACCCCUCGCCAAAGUAGCAACUCCUCUGCCCAGUUCUGCUUUGAGAACUUCUCCUCAAAGCAGUGGAAGUCUCAUCUAUCCAAGGUGGUGAUUUUCAUAGAGACUGUGGGUUUCCUCAUACCACUGCUCCUUAAUGUUGUCUGUUCUGCAAUGGUUCUUCAGACUCUGAGGAGGCCACAAGCAGUCAAGAGAGGUGGGAAGCUUAACAAGACAAAGAUCUUACGUAUGAUAAUGGUGCACCUUUUUAUCUUCUGCUUCUGUUUCAUUCCUUAUAAUGUCAACCUCGUGUUUUACUCACUGGUGCGCACCAAAACCUUGAAAGGCUGUGCAGCCGAAACUGUGGUCAGGACCAUUUAUCCAAUCGCCUUGUGCAUAGCCGUAACCAACUGUUGCUUUGACCCUAUCGUGUACUAUUUUACCUCAGAAACUAUUCAAAACUCCAUAAGGAGGAAGUCACAGAUGGGCGAAAACUGUAGCAUGAAGUACUCUGAAGCAUUGCAAUCAGAGACAAGUUCCAGCCUUAAUUUCAGCCUGAGGACCCUUACAAACAAGAUGUUCUUCAAUCCACUGCAAGAGUCCAUUGCAUGACUCUUUAAAUGGUUGGAUAUUUGGGACAAAUAUCUGCUCAGUUAAUGAACCGUUAAAAUUGUUGUUCCAGUGUUCAGAAGAGUCUGUAAUUUUCUUUUAACAUAUCAGAUCAGUUUGUGCACUCUGCAACCCUGCAUGGUGCUUUUACACCCUGCAAAAUAUGCGUGAUGUCCAUAAAGGAUUGUGUGUGUAAAAACAUCCAUCUAUAAUAAAGUAUUUAGCUGCCGAAAAAGCUUCUUUUUUCCAGAUACAGGAACUGUAACGAAUUACAGGAUUACUUAAACCACAGACGUUAGUGCACUUACCUUUGUAAGUUGGUAAAUGAAUUAGCAUUUUACCAGUACACUUUAAUAGCAUUAAC